AUGACCGGCGUUGCUGCUCCAUGCGGGAGAAGGGAGAGGCCCAGCCGGUGUUGCUCGUUGCUCGUGGUAGGGAGGGAGGAUGUUCGGCCAACGUCGCUGCUCGUGGCUGGAAAAAGAAAGGUCCGAUCGGUGUUGCUGCUCGUGGUGGAGAAGCGGAAGGUCCGAUGGGCGUUGCUACUCGCGGCGGAGAAACUUAGAACCACGACAAUUGGUUCUGCUGACGAUUUGAGGGUGAUGUGCGAGCAUGGCAAGCCAGGGAAGAAAUGUGUUGCAUUCCAGGGGAUAAGCACUGGGAGGAGGUUCAUUGCCUGUGCCGUAGAAGGAGUUAAUAAAUGUGGAUUAGUGCAGUGGGUAGAUGAGGAGUGGCCAGAUCAUCUGCAGAAUGCACUCCACAAACUGUGGCUUAUGUAUGAGGAUAGCAUCCAGGCCAAUAAGAUGGCAUGCCUUGAGCAUUCAUUUACUGAGACUUAUGAGAAGCUUGUUGAAGAUGUGAACAACCUCUUGGAUUCUCAGGAUAAUCUGCCACAUGAAACUGAUAUGAAUGUUGCUGACAGCAGCAUGGAAAAGGAUGUUGAGAUCAAAAAAUUGAAGGCAGUUGUUGAUCAGUUGAAGUGCAUUCAUGUUGCUCAAGCCAAUGUCAUUAGGAAUUUGAAGUUCAAUCAUCUGAAAGAGAAGGAAAAGAUGAGCUCUGAUAAGAGGACUUUGGAGUUUAGCUUUGCUGACCUGAAGAAAGAGAAGGAGAAGCUGGAUUGUUACAUUGCUGAGUUGACUAAAGAGAAGGAGAAGUUGAGCAUUGAGAAGAGUACUUUGCAAUGUGAUGUUGCUGACCUGAAGAAAGCAGGUGAAAGUAACAAGAGGAAGCUGAAGGAAAUCAAGGGUAUUUGUGGUGAAGAAUAA